ACCUGGUCACACUCGCCUAGCGAAGAUAAAGAAAUAAAUUGUUUAAUCCAAUUUAGCCCAGCAAACUGCAAGUUUGCUGUUUAUCUUUCUCCGCUUUGCCCUCUUCAGCAACGCGCAAGUGCCUGUAUAGGUUGGAUAGCGGCUUUCAGAUUAAUUCAAAAGGCGCCCAGGCUUGAGUCUAGCUGUAAAAGUAAUAAAAAUAAAGUCUCUCAAUUGAAUCCCUUUCGUACGGUACUUUUGCGAUUCCAGACGCCCAAGGUAAAAGGACUAAACGAGCAUCCAAGCGGGAAGUCCCAGAAAAAUAAAUUUACUCCGAACUAUGGCAUAAUAAAUGUCAAGGCCAAAGCAAAACAAUAACAGAGCCAUCAGAAGCUAAGGCAAAAAGGCGUAGUUGUGUGUGAGAUAAAAGAUGCAACUAACUGCCUAGGGCUGGAUUACUCCCACCUUGGCAAUUCCUUAAAGGCUUGAACCUUCGGAAUCACACGCAUCCACCAUGUGCUGCAAGUGCUGCGGGGAAACUCAACGCAAGGUCUGGGUCUUCGGCUUGGGAUCGGUGUUCCUUGUGCUGGGAAUACUAAUCGUGGUCUUCUGGCCGGGUAUUGCAGAUAACCUUGUAGAGGAUGGCCUUACCCUCAAGCCCGGCACUGAUGCCUAUGAAAGCUGGCUGGAGGCACCUAUCCCCAUUUACCUGAGCUUUUACAUGUUCAAUUGGACGAAUCCCGAGGACAUAAGGAACCCGAACAUUAAGCCAAACUUCGUGGAAAUGGGUCCGUACACCUUCCUGGAGAAGCACAAGAAGGAGAACUACACGUUUUACGAUAAUGCGACGGUGGCAUAUUAUGAGCGCCGCACCUGGUUCUUUGAUCCGGAGAAAUCCAAUGGCACUCUGGACGACAUGGUGACCGCUGCCCAUGCCAUUACCGCCACGGUAGCGGAUGAGAUGCGUAACCAGCGCAAGAUCGUCAAAAAAAUCAUAAACUUUAUGCUGAACUAUGAAGGCGGAAAGUUGUACGUAACAAAGCCGGUGGGGGAAUGGAUCUUCGACGGUUACCAGGAUAACAUUACCGAUUUCCUAAACCUCUUCAACACCACGAAGAUCGACAUACCCUACAAACGCUUCGGGUGGCUGGCGGACCGCAAUGAGUCGCUGACUUACGAUGGCUUGUUUACUAUUCACACCGGCACUGACGAUAUAUCUAAUCUGGGUAGACUCACCCACUGGAAUGGGAAAUCGGAAACUGGAUUUUACGAUAAGCCUUGUGGUGUAGUUAAUGGAACCACAGGCGACCUGUUUCCUCCAAAGAUGAAUGUAAACGAUGAGAUUACGAUUUUUGCCACCGAUGCUUGCCGAUUUAUGAACCUUCGGCCCCGGGGCACAUUCGAGAAUCACGGCCUGACCGCCACUAAGUGGGUAGGCACCGAGGAGACUCUGGACUCAGGAGAAAACUACCCUAACCAGGCCUGCUUCUGUGAUUCGGAGCGAUUUGACGAAUGUCCCAAGACCGGUGUCGUGGAGUGCAAGGCGUGCCGAGACAAAGCACCCAUUUACUCCUCCUUUCCUCAUUUUUACCUAGCGGAUCAGUCGUAUGUUAAUGCUGUCAGUGGAAUGAAGCCGGAGAAGGAGAAGCACGAGUUCUUCCUAGCCGUGGAACCGAUCACUGGAGUGCCUGUCCAAGUGCAUGGACGCAUCCAGAUUAAUAUGAUGAUUGAGCCCGAUGACGACUUCGACAUAUAUCGUGGAGUGCAAAAGGUUUUAAUGCCCAUGUUCUGGUUCGAUCAGUAUGCAGAGCUCUCCUCUGAGUUAGCCUCAAGGGCCAAGUUGGCCAUUAAUUUGUCCAGUUACGGAAUCAUAUUCGGCUAUUCCCUGAUAGCUUUCGCCAGUGUCUUCCUCAUCACCGGCAUCACGCUGACUGUGACGAAAAAGUGGGUGCGGAGAACUCCCGAGGAUGAGGACAUGCUUACCAACUAGAGCAAAAUAGUUUUUAAGCUUUGCAAAGUGCCAGGAAUUGUUAACUCUCCUAGUUCAUUCUGAUAGUCGCCCGUCAAAUGCUGUUCUUUGUCAGUUACGCGUUAUGUAAUAUGUAAGUGAUACGAAUCGACGUUCGCCUUGCAGUUUGUGAUAGCAAAACCUACUCUAACUCUACAAAACCCUACUCUAUCUGCAAUAUUGCACGAAUCAUUCACAAGUUGAAACUUUCUGUUUGAGAUUUAUGUUAUCGUACUUGAUAAACAAAACUUCAUACAACUGAAA